AUUCUCGAGAAAGAAUGUAUUCUACUCUCAUAUCUUAACCUUUUGUCUUUCUCCACUCUCAUAUUUUCUUCUCUUCUCUUCAACAUGACCGGUGUUGCUGAUGAAGCCCCCGUUACCCUCGACACGCUGAAGCAAUUAAUGGCUCAGUUCGCCAAAGAGAGAGACUGGGACCGUUUUCACAGCCCAAGAAACCUUCUUUUGGCUCUGGUGGGUGAAGUAGGAGAAUUGUCUGAGAUAUUUCAGUGGAAAGGUGAGGUUCCAAAGGGUCUUCCAGAUUGGAAAGAGGAGGAAAAGGUUCAUCUUGGGGAAGAGCUUUCUGAUGUGUUGCUUUACCUUGUCAGGCUCUCUGACAUUUGUGGCGUUGAUCUUGGUAAAGCUGCUUUACGAAAGGUUCAACUCAAUGCCAUCAAAUAUCCUGCAAAAGUUUGCAAAGAGGAGGAGGUGGUGGUUUCAAUUUCAAGCAACCAAGAGGAAGAAAAAAACCCUUCCACCAAUAAUAAUGGCACUGCCACUGAAUCUGAUGCUGACUGAUAUUAUUAUUAUUAUUAUUAUAUUAUGUGGUGAAUUCAUUUUCCAUGGCUUAAUUAGGGGUGUGAAGUGGUGAAAGGGACUUUGGCUAGUGGUUUUGUACAAUGGUUUAAGCAAUUGCAUUGAAACUACUAAUGUUUAGUGUUUGGUAAUUGGUAAGUUUUAUUCUCACAGAUUUCUUUACUGUUUUGGUAGAAUCAAAUCCCGUGACAGAUAUGAAAUAUGGUGAAAAUCUAUUUCUUCCAUUUUUGGUUAUCUUACCUUUUUGUAUGUUGGGGACAUUUCGGAUGCAUUAUUAGAAUCCCGGAUUCUCUGCUA